GGAAUAAAUAUAAAGGCGUGCAAUUGUAGAAAUUCUAUGUCUUACUCCAUGAUGAGUGGGUUGAUACAAGCAGAACUUAUUCACGAUGGCGACCAUCCAGACAGUAGUCAACGAGGCGAGCGAAAUCAUCACAAUGGAGACAGUGCAGAACAGAUAUAUGACAGAGUACAUCUGGGUCAUGAAUACCUUAUCUUAUUGGAUCGGUCAGGGCUUAACUAGAACAAAGAACUAUGAGACAAACAACCCGUAAGUAUUAUCUUUUUCAGCAGUUCCUAUUGGUCAGGCUUAGUCCAUAACCAUUGUGUCGGCUUGCUUCCUUGAGGUAAUGUGUACUGAGUGACCGAACGACCGUGCCGCUUGCUAAUAUGUGGAUAGCAAAAGUGAUUAUGGGUCUCGGAUAUGGAGUUGGCGGGCACAUCUGAUGAUGGCCUUCGAGAAGUGUUCCAUCUAUGUUGGCUCAACACGUUAAGGCGGGCAUUGGUAUAACUAUCCGGGGGAAAUCGUCAUUGUCCCUCCAGCGACUUCAGACAUGAUCGGGGGAGGAGUCGGCUGGAUAACGUGGAACAGAAUGACCGGAGUCUUCAAAACUGUUCAACGUUGUCCAGGCCACGCCCAGAGUUCGCAGCGCCAUACCACAAGAUGAAUCACAACAACACACAGAGACUGUGCUGCCAACUCCACCACCCAUUCAAAAGAAGCACCUCUAAUAAGUAGAAUCCUUGCCCUCGCGGCUCCAUCUAGCAACAUGUCGACAAGACGUCGAGUUCGAGAUAUCCUAGACGCAACUAGAGACCACAUCUCCAUCAUGUCAGGUAGAUACCGCAUCUCGCCCACUGAUUUCGACCAGCUCUAUGAGCUAUAUCAAGAAGAUACUUCUGCCAAAGGACUCUAUGAGUUCAUUAUCGACCAUCACAUCACGCAUACCAUAGCUGGUAAACUCAAUAUCAGGCCCAUUGAUGUGCUCGCAACCAUGGUUGGCAAGACAGCUGAUACCUGUCAGGAGGAGCUCGAGGCCGAGAAAAAGUUGUACCAAAAGGCUGAAGAGAGGGCUGCGGCAAAGGCGAAGGCUGGCCAAGGCGAGGGUCUGAAUGUUAUAGAGGAAGAGCGGAAAUCGCAAGGCGACGAUGACGAUGUAAAGAAAUGAUGAGAUCUAUGGAUUUCAUGAUUUACGUUCAAGGGAAAGGAGUUUGGGGAAAGGGGCGUUAGGAUGGCAGACUGUACAUUUGGGCGGACUGAUCCUUUAGCUGGUUGGGAUACAGUAUCUCUCUCCAAGUCUAACGCAUGGACAGGUGCCAUAGAUACCAAGUUAGAAUCCUU